AUGUCUGCUAAAGCUGAAAAGAAACCCGCUUCCAAGGCCCCAGCUGAAAAGAAGCCAGCUGCCAAGAAAACCGCAUCUUCUGUCGAAGGUAAGGGUAAGAAGAACAAGGCAAGAAAGGAGACCUACUCCUCUUACAUUUACAAGGUUUUGAAGCAAACUCACCCAGAUACUGGUAUUUCUCAAAAGUCCAUGUCUAUUUUGAACUCCUUCGUCAACGAUAUCUUUGAAAGAAUCGCUACCGAAGCCUCUAAAUUAGCUGCUUACAACAGAAAGUCUACUAUCUCUGCCAGAGAAAUCCAAACUGCAGUUAGAUUAAUUCUACCGGGUGAAUUGGCUAAGCACGCCGUUUCCGAAGGUACUAGAGCUGUUACCAAGUACUCCUCUUCAACUCAGGCUUAA